UUUGUUGUUGCGUUGCUGCGUACAAUCGACCAGCGAAUAUAUAUUCUAUUGCUGUACCAUUUUGAACACAUUCAAAUUUGUUUACAUCUACCAGCAAGUAAUAAAGUUGAUAAUUGUCGUGUUCAGGAGAAAUUUGAAGCUUCUUUGGCUACUACAUCUCAUAAGAUGGAACAUCAAAAGAAAACUCAAAACGUGAAAGCAGUUCCAAAUAACAAAAAUGUUGAUUCAAUAUUAGCUGAAAAUAAUAAUUCACUGACAAAAUUACCCAAUUAUAGCGAUUCAAGAAAUGAAACCAACACUAACAAAUCAAAUCUACUGGGGGCAAAUAAUGAACGAUUUAAUAUUUCAUCACCGCAAUCCUCCGAACUUGAAAAUGAGGUUAUCGAUUUAACAUUAUCUGAUGAUGAUUCAACAGAAAUAAGUCCCACUACAUCAAAUCUAUUAGCUGCUGAUACUCAACAAUUGGAUGUUUCAUCACAAUCACCUUUCAAACUUGUAUUUUAUGAUAACGAAUUAAUUUUACCUGGCGAUGAUUUGAGAACUGAAAAUAAUUUUUUUACAUCUAGUUUAAUAUUUGAAAACUAUGAGGAUAAAUCUUAUUUAUUAUUAAUACCAUCCUCCGAACUUGUAAUUAAUGAUAACGGAUUAAUAUUACCUGUCGAUGAUUUGAAAACUGAAAAUAAUCCUGCUAUAUCGAUUCUAAAAUUUGUAAACUAUGAGGGGAAGUCUUAUAUUUUAUUUGAAUCAUUCUCCGAACUUGAAACUGAUGAUAACGAAUUAAUAUUACCUGACGAUGAUGUGAGAACUGAAAAUAACCUUAAUUUAUCAACUCUACUAUUAUUAAAUAAUCAGCAAUUGGAUGUUUCACCACAAACAUCACCCAGCAUUGAAACUGAUGAUAACGAAUUAAUAUUAUCUGACGAUGAUUGGAGAACUGAAAAUAAUUCUACUACAUCAUCUCUAUUUACAAAUACUGAAGAAGAUGAUAUUUCACCACAAACAUCACCCAGCAUUGAAACUGAUGAUAACGAAUUAAUAUUAUCUGACGAUGAUUGGAGAACUGAAAAUAAUUCUACUACAUCAUCUCUAUUUACAAAUACUGAAGAAGAUGAUAUUUCACCACAAACAUCACCCAGCAUUGAAACUGAUGAUAACGAAUUAAUAUUACCUGACGAUGAUUUGAGAACUGAAAAUAAUCCUACUACAUCAGCUCUAUUUGCAAAUACUGAAGAAGUUUAUAUUUCAUCACAAUCGUCUUCCAUACUUGAAAUAGAUCAUAAUCAAUUAGUAUUAUCUAACGAUGAAUAUGAAUGGAAAUGUUAUAUAGAAUGUACAGAGUUUGAUAAAUUUAAGAACAUUGUAAUAAAUAUAAAUCGUGACGUUUCCAAUACAAAAACGUACGAGAAAUUGGUUUUAAUAUUAGGAGAAUUGCUAGAUCACAUGGCAAAUGUAAAUCGUAAAGCUCUUUUUCGGUGGCAUAAUUGGUCAACAGUGCCAAAUAUUAAGAAAUUGAUUAAAAUAUUAUUAUAUAACCAGAAACGUUUGAUGCCUAAACCGAGAUUAAGGUACAUAGAAUAUCCUGAGUAUAACAAUAAUUUCUCGGAACAACAUUCAUUAAAUACAAUGGUAUCGGAUUUAAACAACGAAAGUGAACAUCAGGAACAUAGCAAUAAUUCCUCGGAACAACAUUCAUUAAAUAAAAUGGAAUCGGAUUCAAACAACGAAAGAGAACAUCAGGAAUAUAGCAAUAAUUCCUCGGAACAACAUUCAUUAAAUAAAAUGGAAUCAGAUUCAAACAACGAAAGAGAACAUCAGGAAUAUAGCAAUAAUUCCUCGGAACAACAUUCAUUAAAUAAAAUGGAAUCAGAUUCAAACAACGAAAGAGAACAUCAGGAAUAUAGCAAUAAUUCCUCGGACCAACAUUCAUUAAAUAAAACGGUAUCGGAUUCAAAUAACGAAAGUGAACAUCAGGCAUAUAAUAAUAAUUCAGGAAAACAACAUUCAUUAAAUACUAUGGUAUCGGAUUUAAAUGACAGAAGCGAAGAACCACCUAAAAAAAAAAUCACUAUCUUAGAGUAUUGGAAGAAAAAACUUGCCGCACGACAAUUAGCUACAAGUGUUCAAGAGCUUACUGUUGAAAAUGAAAGUGUUUCAGAUUAA